AAGAUUAGAAAGUAGCACCUCGGCUUUUCUGAGGGACUUAUAAUACUGACCAAUCAGAGCGAUGCCAGUUAACACUUUGUCUCACACGCGCGAAGUUUGGGAUUGCAUUUUGGAGGUUGAAAUAAUAUCAGGCUACUGUUGCUCAGUCAGCUGAGAUUUCACACUUGUUUGGAGGACUGUCAUCUUCAGUUUCUCGCUGUGUUUACUUGUGUCAGUACAAGCAGACUGACUACAUUCACAAUGGUUGAUUUGAGCGAGAAAGACCUUAACGAUGUCCACGAAACAUUUCUACUAUUCGACUCGAAAGGAGAUGAGAAAAUCUCUGCGAAGGAUGUGAGUGAAGUUGUGCGUGCACUGGGGCUGAAUCCGACGGAGUCAGACAUCAGCAAAUACGGUUAUCAAAAUCAUCCAAAUGAACGUAUCAGUUUCGAGUCUUUUGUUCCCAUUUAUCAAGGUUUGUCAAAAGAACAAUUGGAAGUUGAACCAGAAGCUUUUAUUGAGUCGUUUCGUGUCUUUGAUAAAGAUGAUAAUGGAUUGAUAAGUGCAGCUGAACUUAGACAUUUGCUGACAGCAUUUGGUGAAAAACUGCGUGAUGAUGAAGUGGAUAUUUUAUUAUCUGGUCUUGAAAACAGUCAAGGUCUAGUACCGUAUGAAGCGUUUGUUCGUCGUGUCAUAAGCUGAGAAGUUCAAUGUGAAGGAGGUUGAUCUAUCCACCACAUCCCUGUAAUUCUCGCCUAAAUGAUCUGGAUUCUUUUUGAUAAUAUGUGAGAUCAGCACAACACUUAUUUGUUGCAUUAUUCCACUAAGAUGUAUAUCAGGACAACAUGCGCUUUUUCAAUCUAUGAAGUAGACUGUAUCUUGCUUGAUUUUUAGCUUUUAUUCUGACGGUAUUUAAAUGUGAACUGUUCAGUGUUUCCAAUGCACAGUGAAAUAUACAGUUUUUAAAGACAGGGA